AUGGAGUCUUCCGCAAAUCAGCAAUCCUCAAGCGAAACGCUUCAUAAUAACGAUCAAAUCAUCGAGGCUACAAAGGCUCUCCGGCGCCACAUAGGGCUAGCUGAAGAUCCUGGUGAAGAGUCUACCUUGCCAAAGCCAUCACCUGAGCCGCUCUUUUUCAUCGAGGUUGCCCCUCCAUCGAACAGAGGAGCAAGAUGCAAACUCCAUUGCCCCAAAAAUAUUAUGCCAGGAGAAUACAGAAUCGCAGUGGAUCCAGGCCAGGAAGAAUAUUAUGGCCGCGGAGGAAAUCCAGGUAAAUGCAGCAAGUUUCCUAAAUGGUCAAGCGCCUUGUUAAUUCAACCAUCGAUAGACUACUACCACAUUCACUGCUUCGAGAAAACCGCAGACUUCUCCCAAGCGAGCUUUUUGGAUCGCGUCAUGCCACUUACCCGAAAUGUCACACGGCUAAAAAAUCUCAAGGGUUCUAGCAUCCUCGAUGGGCAUUAUCUCCUAGACGCAGGUGCUGAAAGGCUCGGCUUGCAGUGGAUGGUAACAAUGGGGAAGCUGGUCGACAAACGAGAUGGUGUUGGGAUCGCGGAUCCGGAGGGGGAUGACAAAGUGACCUACUUGAUGGACUUGAUCAACAAGGCUGGCUCAUCCAGUUACAAACCAAAGAUGCCCUCUGGUAUGAGCACUUUUUACGACGGCCCUGACGACUCUGAGGAAUGGAAUUUAUUCCAGGAGUACUUGGCGGUAUCAGAGGAACAUGACGAAAGUUUGGACAAUCGCCAUAGCCUCAGCCAAACAUUGGACGCCUGGAGAUUCGAUGUUACUCUUGCAACUUCAGAGAAUCUCUCGGACAGAGGCAAAGAACUGAAGGCAGAAUUAAGUCCGAAAGCGAUUAGGGCAAUCAAACGCCUCGAUGUUACUCCUAUGCCCGAUGUGCAGAGCGCUUUCCUAGGGCGAUUUCAGUGA